AUGGCCACCGCGGCAGGCCGGGUGGAAUUUAUCCAACUGGACGUGACCGACGAGAAAAGCAUCAAAGACGCCGCAGCAACAGUAGAGGACAAGUUGAAGGGAGGUGGGCUCGACGUUUUGAUCAAUAACGCAGGCAUGAAAGACUGGACCCCAGCGGGACUAGAAGGGAUGGAAAAUUUGACUGAGCUGUUCAAUACGAAUGUUGCUGCUACUCACCUAGUCACGCGAGCUUUCCUUCCCCUUCUUCGUCGUAGCGAUAAAAAAGUGGUGAUUAAUCUCUCAUCAACAUUGGCUUCAAUCACCAAGGCAGAAGAUUAUCGCCUAGUACCUUCUCCUGCCUAUAAAAUAACGAAGGCCGCAUUAAAUAUGUUGACAGUGCAGUAUGCCCAACAGUACCGGAACGACGGCUUCACGUUCAUGGCUGUCAACCCUGGUUGGCUGCGAACCGAUAUGGGUGGUUCCGACGCAGAUCUCCCAGUGGAGACCGGUGCUGGCAGGGUGAUUGACAUCGCACAGAAUGCUUGUCCAGAGCAAAAUGGAAAGUUUUAUAAUAUCUAUCUUCCAGACUGGGAAGAUAUAGAGGGGUUCUAUCAAUACGACGGCAAGGAGAUCUGUUGGUGAUAGCAGCAGUUGUUUUACAGUCGCGACUGUUAUUGCCAUCCAUCUCAGACAACCGUAGAGAUGCUCUUUCAACCCUAAUCACAUUUGAUCGCACAACAGAAUUCACUGAAAGCCCUCUGACAUGGAACGCACCUGAUAUAG